AUUAGGCUAUGACCGAUUAAACGAAUAACAUUCUUCUCUAUCGAGUAUGCUUCAAAAUAGUUUUUAAACUAAUCUUUCUCUUUAGUCAUUCGCGUAAUAACUUUGGUUACAUUCGUAUAUCUUUGCGAACAAUACGGAAGACAAUUUAUCUGCUUAGAAACAUUAACAGCGUAGCAAAGACCGAGAGAUCUAAACAAACAGUACAUCGAAACCGCUCAUUAUCGUUGAAAAAUUUAAAUUGUUUUUUCCGUUUGUUUUUUUUCUGUUAAUUGACAUUUCAUUUGGUCAUACUGUUUAAUUUCGAGUCAAGUGUUUGUGUGUUUAUAUAAAGCUAUGGAAACAAUUGUCGAUCCUGCGGAAUCGUUACGUGAUUCACCAAAAUUCAGGAUCACAUUAGAUAAACAUGAAUCACAGAUCGAUCUCUUCGAAAAAACAAUUUCUGAGGUUUUGAAACAAUGUUCAUCGAUGAUUGAAAUUGGUAAACAAUAUAAUCGAAUUAAACAACAUUUUCUUCAAUCAUUGGUUAAUCUUUGUCAUUGUUUCAACGAUGAACCCGAUAUAUCCAAAUUGAUUAGUCGAUUUAUCGAGCCAUUAUAUGAAAUCAAUAAAUACGAAAACAUCCUAAAUGAACAACAUAACCAAAAAUUUCAGGAAAACCUUUCGACUUUUCUACAUAGUGAUAUUGGCACAGUAAAAGAAUUGAAACGACGUUUUCAGAAACGUAGCGAUGAUUUAGAUCUGGUAUUCACGCGCCAUUCACAAAUACCAAAGAAUAAACAAGCCGAAUGGAAAGAUGCAUGUAACAUGUUGACCGCCACGAAAUCUUGUUUUCAACAUUUAACAUUAGAUUAUGUUGCUCAAUUGACAUUAUUUGUUAGCAGAAGAAGGCAUAUUGUUCUUGAUUCAUUGUUAGCAUUAACUACCGCCCAUGGAACACAUUUUCAUCAAGCAUAUGAAACGUUUGAAGAUAUGAAAGAUUUCAAUGCUGAAGUCGCCAACCAUCUGAUAAAAAUGCACUCAGAGAGUACCAAAUUAGAAAAAUCUUUGAGCAAUCGACAUCAUUUGGUUCAACAACACGAAACAGUGCCGCCUUUAAUUCGCAAUGGCGAGACAAUUUGUAUUGAAGGUUAUCUGUUUAAACGAACUACGAAUGCAUUCAAAUCAUGGAAUCGGCGCUGGUUUAUCGUUCAAAAUCACCAACUGUCUUAUCAGAAAAGAUCAAAUGAAGAACCCCAUGUUAUGGAACAAGAUCUUCGACUUUGUAAUGCUCGUCCAGUUUUUGAAAUUGAUAGAAGAUUUUGUUUUGAAGUAGUGUCACCGACAAAAAGCCAUUUACUGCAAGCUGAAUCUGAAGAAUCUUGUAAACAGUGGUUAGCGGCUCUACAAGCCGGUAUCGAUGCUGCAUAUAGCAGUAAUCGUGAAUCUGAUUCAACUUUAACUAAUAAUAAAAGAAAUAGUUCCACUUACCUCGAAUCAUCUUCAUUAGAUUCUGUCUCUGGCAACGAUAGAUGUGCCGAUUGUGGUUGUAAUGACCCCGUAUGGGCCAGUAUAAAUCUUGGCAUCACUUUAUGUAUUGAAUGUUCUGGUGUUCAUCGAUCAUUGGGCGUUCAUGUUAGUAAGGUUCGAUCACUCACAUUGGAUCAUCUUGAUUCUGAACAAAUACAAGUGAUGCUUGGUUUGGGUAACACUGUCAUCAAUAAAAUAUACCUUCAGAAAUGGCCUUUGUUAGAAUGUCAGAAUGCUGACCAUAAUGAAAGUAAUUCAAGCGAAGAUUCCACCGAGUUCAGUUCCGAAUCUCUGUCAAGUGAGCAUCGGGAAAAUGAAAAUCUUUUAUCCGUAUCACCUAAUCAAUCAAAUACUCAACUUGUUUUGGAAGAAAUCAAUCCAAAAAGUGAUCGUAAUAAACGUGAAAAAUGGAUCAAAGCCAAAUAUUUAGACAAACUUUUUGUCAACAAAAAAAUCAAUAUUGACACGACCAAAGACCAAAACAAUAUGUUUAAUAUGGAAUUUAAUUAUACUAGCAAUUUUCAGUCUCAGAUUCUUCAAUUCAUUGAACAACAAAAUUGUAAUGAAAAUUCAAAUCAAAUUGAUUUAAGUGGUCAAUAUUUCAACUUGUUACUUUAUGAAGCAUCCGCUCUAAAUGAUUUGAAAACAAUGGCAUACGCAUUAGCAGCCGGUGCUUCAAUCAAUUGGCAGAAUUACUAUGAUCAUAAUCGUACUCCAUUGUUUCAGGCUGUAUCAAAAGGAACGAUGACCACAUCUGAAUAUUUGCUUUUGAAUGGAGCAAAAUGUAAUAUUCAAGAUGAUAACGGAUGUACUCCUUUACAUCAUGCUACUCGAAAUUCAAAUACUGGACAAGUGUGUCUACUAUUAAAACGUGGAGCCGACCCAUCGAUCACAAAUCAAUCAGAUGAGGAUGCUUUGUCAAUAGCAUUGGAUAAAGCUUGUGCAGAUAUUGUAACAGUCUUGCGUUUAAAAAAACUAAAAGAUGAAAUGAGAAAUGAUGAACUUGGUUCACAAAGCGAUGAUACAUUCAACGAAGUUGUCAGAGAUUUCUCACGUUACCAAAUAAUGUCCGAGUCAUCGUUAAAGCAGAAUGAAGAUCGAUGAUGAAAAAUUGUGAUAUAAAUUAUAAAAAUUGAAUACAAUUUUGAUAUAAAAUGGAUUUUAUUUGAUAUUAUAAUAAAAAUAAAACAUUUUAAGGUAAA